GCUGGGGAUAUGGAGAGCAGAAACCUAUCAGCAGUGACUGAAUUCAUCUUCAUUGGCUUUCCCCUGACCCAGGAUGGUAGUCUCCUGUACUUCUUUCCUUUGCUUUUCAUCUAUACCUUUAUUGUCAUUGGGAAUCUAUUGAUCUUCUUUGCUGUAAGGCUGGACACCCGUCUCCACAAUCCCAUGUAUAAUUUCAUCAGUAUCUUUUCCUUUUUGGAGAUCUGGUACACCACAGCCACCAUUCCCAAGAUGCUCUCCAAUCUCAUCAGUGAAAAGAAGACCAUCUCUAUUACUGGCUGCCUCUUGCAGAUGUAUUUCUUCCAUUCACUUGGGAAUUCUGAGGGGAUCUUGCUAAUCACCAUGGCCGUUGACAAGUAUGUUGCGAUCUGCAACCCUCUUCGCUAUCAAAUGAUCAUGACCCCCCGUUUAUGUGCUCAGCUCUCUGCAGGCUCCUGCAUCUUUGGCUUCCUCAUCCUGCUUCCUGAGAUUGUGAUGAUUUCCACACUGCCUUUCUGUGGUCCCAACCAAAUCCAUCAAAUCUUUUGUGACUUGGUCCCAGUGCUGAGUCUGGCCUGCACAGAUACAUCCAUGAUUCUGAUCGAGGAUGUGAUCCACGCUGUGGCCAUUAUCCUUACUGUCCUAAUCAUUGCCCUGUCCUAUAUUAGAAUCGUCACUGUGAUCCUGAGGAUUCCUUCUGCUGAGGGUCGGCAGAAGGCUUUUUCUACCUGUGUAGGCCACUUCACAGUUUUUCUGAUAUUUUUUGGCAGCGUGUCCCUCAUGUACUUGCGUUUCAAUGCCACUUACCCACCAGUUUUGGACACAGCCAUUGCACUGAUGUUUACUGUCCUUGCCCCAUUCUUCAACCCCAUCAUCUAUAGUCUGAGAAACAAGGACAUGAAGAAUGCAAUUAGAAAACUCUUCUGUUUUCAAAAAGUGUUGAAUACAUCUGGAGUUUAA